UUUUUAAAAUUUAUUGUUUUCAGUUACGAAACAAUAAGUUUACGAUUUCCAUAUCUCAAUAAAAUAGUUGAAUGUCAAAUAUUAAUUGCUGCCGCGGCAUGCAAGCAAUCUGUGUUAUCACAUUGUCCCUGCUAGACUGCAAAGGUUAAUAAUAUGUCAACGAUUUCAAUGCAUGUGUCUCGCUCAUUCGCUCUCGAUAAUAGUACGUUGACGGUAAGGAUACUUUUAUACCACUGUUUAUGAUACGAGGACCGUAUUAUAAUAAUUAAAAAAUAAUAUGUGCAAUGCUUUGGUCCAAUUCGUUCGGUUUGGUUUGCUUCGAUUCAAUUUGGCCUUAUUUUUCACACAUAUUGGUUACUGGCUUACUGGACGAAUGCAAGGGUAAUUUCGGUUUAGCAUAGAUACCAUGUCACUUGAAUUUUAUGCACGAUUGUUUAGAAGAUCUUUUUUCUUUUUUUUUGGGUUUGAUUGGGUUAAUAUUCUUCCUACAAAAUUCCCAAAAUACCCUUUUUUAAUCCUUGUAUUUUACUCUAAACUAGGAUAAGAUACUCUGAGUUUAUUUGUAUAUAUUAUCAACAGUUUUUAUAUAUUUGAUCAUUUUAUUUAUAUAUAUAUACAAUAUUUUUUGUUAUUAUUGUAUAAUUUUUUUUUCCGAUUGACCGAAUCAAUUUUUAUUAAAAAAUUAUGGAACUAAACUAUAAUUAAUAUAUCAUUGAACAUAUUUGACAAUAAACAAAUUAUGACAAAAAAAAUUUUCACCGAACACAUUUUCUAAAAAAGUGAUCAGUACUGUUUUCACAGUUAAAUUAUUUUGACAUUUAUCUUCCAUAUGGUUUUGAAAGGUUUCAUAUCAACCAUUUAAUUGAUACAUGACAUUUUAAUGGUUUUAGUCGUAUGUUUAAGGAAAACCUACAUUUUUGUAAUUUAAACUCAAUUUAAAAAAUUUAAAAUAUAACAUAUCAGAAAAAUAUAACAUAUAAGGUUUUUUCAUUUUUGUAAUUUAAAGUCGUUUUAAAAAUUUAAAAUAUAAAAUAUAUGGUUUCCUCAUUUUUUAAUUUAAAGGUAUUUUAAAAAAUUCAAAAUAUAACAUAUAAGAAAAAAUAUAUUUUUAUUAUAUGGUUAAUAUGAUUGUUUAAUUUUUUUAAUAAUAUAAAAUUAAACAAAAAUGAAGAAGGAUGCAAAAAUUAUUAUCAAAUCUUUAUUAUUCAUAGUCAUUAAUUGCCAUAUAAUUCUGUAGCUUUUAUUUAAGAAAAUAAUACAUGCUUCUUAUAUUUUGGAUUAAUAUAAUGAUUUAUAGUAAUUGGAUUUGGACCAAUAUUUUUUUCAAUUGAUUUCUAAGCUGACAUGUAAGCCAAAUUGACAUCAUAAUUAAAUGAUAUCUAAAUAUGAUUUUUUUUUAAUUAGUACAAAUCUAAGGCUGCAACUUUUUUAAUGAUCUUUAGUUCAUAUAUAUAUGGGAUAAUGAAGUUCAUAUAUAUGGGAUAAUGGGUUUUGAUUCCGAAGGAUCUAUUGGGGUUUCUCGUAAACAGCGAAACAGGACAGCUAUAUAGACACGUAAGGAAGAAAAUCCGACAAGAAUCAAUUUUCUCGUGAUACUUUCUUCUUCCAUCUCUUUCGUUCUCGUUUGUGACCAGAAGGCGAUCAAACUCAAUCAUCAGAACUCCAUAUGCCUCUCUUGAUAUUUUUUUGACUUCCUAUCGACUUCUCCACUUUGUCAACUGUUCAGGGCCUGAGGAUGAGUUAUGUAUUUCCAUGGCUAUGGAAGGUAGAAAGCAGACGGCUUCUAUGGCUAUUGGGACUCACAUUUGCUCUCAUUGUCACCUUCCAAUACGUCGAGCUACCAUACUCUAUCUCCUCUCUCUUCUCUUCCACCAAGAUGCCCGUUUCAAGAAACUCAACUUCACUUAUAGGAGACCGUAAGCAUCAUAAUUAUCAUAACUUGCCUCCACCAAUGGUACCGAGCUUCUCCCAAAAUAAUGCUACUUUGGUAGAUGAUUCUGACAAAGAAGUUGAGGUUGAUAAGAUAUUUGACAAAGAAGCUGCAUUCCAGCCUUCAUUACCUACUUCAAAUUGGUCCCCAGUAAAGGAAAACGCAACCGCCCCUGCCGCUAGUGUAGAGGCACCAGCUGCAUUACCUGGUUUAAGACCGUCUCCGGUUAAGGAUAACGCAACAGUACAUUUGCCUAGUGCGAAGGCCCCAGCUGCUUUACCUGGUUUAAACCACUCUCCUUUAAAGCAAAACGCUACACUACCUACAACUAGCAAAGUACAUGACAAGAAUUCAACUAAAGAAGAUGUUGGUGAUGCUUCUCCUGUUGUGAGAUUUGUACCUGACAUAAAGGAGAACGCAAAAACGACUGAUUCAGGAGUGAUGUCCAUAUAUGAGAUGAGCAAGCAGCUGCGUCGAAACCGUAUUUCUAAUAAUCGUCUUGCGAAGAAACCAAAAUGGGUUACUAAACCUGACCUAGAGCUUUUACAAGCAAAACAUGAGAUUGAGAAUGCACCAAUUGAUGACAAAGAUCCUAUCCUCUACGCUCCUCUUUAUCACAAUGUUUCCAUCUUCAAACGGAGCUAUGAGAUGAUGGAGAAGAUGUUGAAGGUUUAUGUAUACAAAGAAGGAGAUAAACCUAUAAUGCACACUCCAAGACUCGGAGGGAUAUAUUCAUCCGAAGGCUGGUUCAUGAAACUUAUUGAAUCUAACAACAAAUAUGUCACAAAGGACGCUACAAAAGCUCAUCUUUUCUACUUACCAUUCAGUUCCCAGAUGCUCGAGGAGACACUAUAUGUAAAGAACUCACAUAGUCACCGCAACCUCAUUAAGUAUCUCAAAGGUUAUAUUGACUUCAUUUCCAUAAAAUAUCCUUUUUGGAAUCGAACUUCUGGAGCUGAUCAUUUCCUUGCCGCCUGCCAUGACUGGGCUCCAUCGGAGACGAGGAAGCAUUUUUCUAACAGUAUAAGGGCGUUGUGCAACUCAGAUGUUAAAGAAGGCUUUGUCUUUGGAAAGGACACAUCUCUACCCGAGACAUACGUUAGAGAUCCCAAAAAACCACUAAGUAACAUCGGUGGCAAGUCUGCGUCCAAAAGGCCAACACUAGCUUUCUUUGCUGGACAACCCGAUCACGGGUACGUUAGGCCAAUACUACUCUCUUACUGGGCUAACAACAAAGAUCCUGACUUGAAAAUAUUUGGGAAGCUUCCAAGGUCUAAAGGAAACAAGAACUAUCGUCAGUUCAUGAAGACGAGCAAGUAUUGUAUUUGCGCUAAAGGGUAUGAAGUGAACAGUCCUAGGGUGGUGGAGGCUAUUUUCUAUGAUUGUGUUCCAGUCAUCAUAUCUGAUAACUUUGUGCCACCUUUCUUCGAGGCUUUGAAGUGGGAGUCGUUUGCGGUUUUUGUGUUGGAGAAAGAUAUACCCAACUUGAAGAAGAUUUUGAUGUCUAUAUCGGAACGUAGGUACAAGCAACUGCAGAUGAGAGUGAAGAGAGUGCAGAAGCAUUUUUUGUGGCAUGUGAAGCCUGAGAAGUAUGAUAUGUUUCACAUGAUUCUUCAUUCGAUUUGGUUUAACCGAGUUUUUCAAAUUUCGGUUUAGAAGUUCUGUUUCAAACAAUUCAUUGUACAUUUUUUUCAACAGAUGAAAUUCUUGGGAAAAGAAAUCAUAUUCAUUUUGGAAUCUUUA